CUCUCUCUCUCUACCUGAGAAAAGUUUCCUUCUUUUGUUUGAUCCGUGAAUCGAAGUCGCCCCCUCGAAUCAAGAGAAAAGACCUCGUUUUUGCUCUGGGAUCCCUGCAUAACCUGAAGAUUUAUCUUUUGGCGUUAAUAACUCUGUCUCGAGAUUUCAGAGUUGUAAGAGUGGCUCGGUGAUGAUCGGAGAGAGCGACAACGCUGCACUGUCUUCUGAGGAUUCUUCAUCCCCUGACGAUUCGGUGUCAGAGACAGAGCUCGACCUAGCUCUGGGUCUUAGCAUUGGUCUUAAUGGUCGCCGGAAGGUUCGAUCUUCUUUGUCUUCCUCGUCUUCUUCUCUGACCAGAGAAAGUGGGACCAAACGGUCUGCUGAUUCUUCUGCGGCUGCGCGACAAGUUGCCGUAGGCUGGCCGCCUCUACGGACUUACAGAAUCAACAGUUUGGUCAACCAAGCAAAGUCAUUAGCUACUGAAGGCGGCUUGAGUUCUGACAUUCAGAAGAACACAGCAAAAAAUGGAAUGGUGGCUGCGAAGAAUGCUGAUGCUUGCUUUGUCAAAUCUAUGCUUGUGAAGGUGACCAUGGAUGGAGUUUUAAUUGGAAGGAAGCUUGAUCUCAAUGUUCUGGAUUCUUAUGAAGCCUUGGCGAAAACUUUGGAACAAAUGUUUUUCCAGAUACCUUCUUCUGUAACAAGGACUAUCUCACGAGGAUUCAAAACAGUCAAGGAAUUACAUGCUUGUGAAUUGCUAGAUGGCUCAUCAGACUAUAUUAUAACAUAUCAAGAUAAAGACGGAGACUGGAUGCUUGUAGGAGAUGUUCCUUGGCAGAUGUUCCUCGGGUCUGUUAAAAGACUGAGAAUCAUGAAGACAUCAAGUGAAACUGGAGUUGGUGGAAAUGAUCAAUGAUGGAAGUGGAACAGAGAGAUAUGAAAAGACAAGAAUACAGAUAUAUUGCUAUACUUGAAAGAACACCCAGGGUUCGUUCCUUGUUUCUUUAAUUUAAUUUAGUUACAUGUCUUUGGUCCGUAAAUUGUGAAUCACCUUCAGAUAUAUAAUUGUGUAUAUGAAUGAGUAUGCACGAAUGUACAUGUCUCUUGUGGUCGUUUGUGAAUAUCAAACAACAACUGAAACUUCUCUUUGAAGAUAUAUGUGUAUAUAUAAAGAGUAAAUAUGUAUGUAUAUUUAGGGUUUA